AUGCAGCCCCAGCGACGCCGGCGUGAGUCCCUCACGCCGCAGCAGCUGCGUGAGUGGUACGCUGGUUGGGGCUGUAGGGGUGGCGACGCUACUCCUACUACCACUCCUGCUGCUUCUACUCGUGGUGGCGGCCAGAUGCAGCUCCCGCGACCCUCUCGCGUGUCUCUCACGCCUCGCCAGCUUCGUGAGUGGUACGCUCAGAGUGGAGGGUCUCUUAGUGCUGUUCGCUGCUCUUAUGUGAUUCGCACUGGUACUCGGACUGGUCAGCCUUGUGGGACACGUAGUCAUACACCGUCCCGCUGCUUCGCCCGUCUGAGCGACGCCUGGCGUACCGUGUUUGGCGACGAGGCUGAGCUUCCCGACUGGGUGGAGUUGCUUAGGCAGAGGGUAGAUAUAUAUGCUCUUGACUAUGAUGCUAUUCUCACUGCCAUGUAUGCAUUGCCUACUAGUGCUGACCGUGCAGGUCACCUGUGCGUCCCGCCUGACCCAGGUAUAGGACCCGCUGCUCUAGCUACUAGUGAGGCUGCUGCUCUGGGUGCUAGUGAGUCUCCUGCUCCAGGUACAGGUGCGGCUGCUGCUCUAGGUGCUAGUGAGUCUGCUUCCUCAGGUGCGGGUGAGGCUGCGCUCUCAGGUACUGCGUUGGCUUUGGCCUCCCUCACCUUUACACUUGACUCUGGGGCUUCUCGCUCCUUCUUUCGGGACCGCACCACACUCACGCCGCUUGGUCGGCCGGUUGCAGUCUCCCUGGCUGACCCCUCUGGGGGUCCUGUCCUCGCUCACUUCUCCACUGUCCUCCCGUGUCCGGCUGCCCCCUCGGGCACCCUGUCUGGCCUGUACCUCCCCUCGUUCUCGACGAACUUGGUGAGUGGUGCAGACCUACAGGAUGCGGGGGUUCACCAGUUCACUCCUGCGAGUCAGCGGGUGACCCACUGCACGGACGCACGCACAGGCCGGCACCUGGCCACGUUCUCGCGUCGGCCGGGGUCGAGCCUCUACACCCUGACCACUGAGUCUCCUCCUGUCCCCGCGUCCGGUCAGGUAGCAGCGUCGGGUCAGGUGUUUGCUGCUGCGUCCAGGUCUGGUCCUGAGUCUGCCCCCUGUACUUGUCGCCUCCUGUCUCACGAGACUCUCCUGUGGCACCACCGUCUUGGCCACCCCUCCUUGCCCCGUCUUCGGAGCAUGGCUUCCCGUGUCCUUGUCUCUGGUCUUCCCCAGUCUCUCCCUCCUCUCCCCUCCGGGCCAGGACCUUCCUGUGUCCCCUGUGUCGAGGGUCGCCUCCGGGCUACUCCUCACUCCUCCCACUUCCCCCCGACAGAGGCUCCCCUGCAGACGCUUCACAUGGAUGUGUGGGGCCCAGCCCCCGUCCGUGGGCAGGAUUACGAGCGCUACUUCCUGUUGGUGGUUGACGACUACUCGCGUUACACCACAGUCCUCCCCUUGCGCAGCAAGGGUGAGGUCACUGAGGUGCUGAUCGACUGGAUCCGCGAGGCUCGUCUCCGGCUCAGGAAGAGCUUCGGCUCGGACUUUCCUGUUCUGCGUCUGCACUCGGACAGAGGCGGAGAGUUCUCCUCUGGCCUUCUGCGUGCCUACUGUCGUGCGCGAGGCAUCCGCCAGUCCUUCACGCUUCCGGACUCACCACAGCAAAAUGGGAUUGCUGAGCGCCGCAUUGGCAUGGUCAUGGAUGUCGCUCGUACGUCCAUGAUGCAUGCGGCUGCCCCCCAUUUUCUGUGGCCGUUUGCGGUGAGGUACGCGGCGCAUCAGCUCAACCUUCACCCCCGGGUCUCUCGGCCUGCGAUGUCCCCAGCCUUGCUGUGGACAGGGAAGGUUGGCGAUGCGUCUGUGUUCCGUGUCUGGGGAUCUCGGGCGUUUGUCCGCGACUUGUCUGCGGACAAGCUGUCCCCUCGUGCUGCUCCCUGUGUCUUCCUUGGCUUCCCCACUGACGCCCCAGGGUGGCAGUUUUACCACCCCUCCUCUCGUCGGGUUCUGUCCUCCCAGGACGUCACGUUCGACGAGUUCCUGCCCCCUCAGGUGUGUCCCAGGUAG